UACAUGGCUCACGGCUAUCUUUUGAUUGGACGAAGAAGCAGAAGAAGUACGCACGGAACGAAAUGCAUGCGCAUGCAAGGAUGUCUUCAACUGGCUCCCUCGCCGAAACAUCGCAGUUCUCUACCCUUACCACAGAGCCUACCACUUCCAAACUGGAGGCUGAUGCGUCCGGUUUUCGUAAGUCCGGAUUUGGGGUGAGAAUCGUAGUUUUCGCACUUCUCGCUGCCCUCUGUGCUCUUCUUGUGUUCUUCACAACGUCAUCAGUCUUCGGUUACGAGGAGGAGACCUCCGAUGCUGCCUCAGACGAUGGCGAGAAAGAGACAAGUGCCAUCGUUGGCUACGAAAAUGUUUUACCACAGGGGCCAACCGAGCCAGUGGAAACAGAAGCGCCGAUCAGUACGCUGUUCCAAACUGAAAAGACCGCAGUACGGGAGCCGGAGAAGACCCCGGUUAGCGCGACACGAAAGGCUACAGAACAGAGCUCAGAAACGUCCUCAGUACCGUCAACUGGGCAGGCUCAUGUACCCACCACAGUGCAUACCUCAGGAGAGACAUCAAUGCAGCCUCCCGCACAAAUCUCGUUACACGUUUCAAAGAGAACAUCAGGAAAUGAAACAACAGAGAUCCCAGCGGGGAAUGCUGAACAGAUACCGGUGCAGACUUCUUUGCAUGCUCGUAAACAAAAUCGAAAUCAAGGGGAACGAGGGACACCACCAGAAGAAUCGAGAUUGCGGACAUCGGAUCGCACGGUACAAGCAGAACGGGCCCCAGAAAACACAACCGAACUCUUCACAGAAGUACGUACCAGGCAGACAACGAGCGGUUCAAGAGGAGUUUCGACUUCGUCUACCACUUCUGCAUUUAGCAGCACUAAAUCAGCACGACGUGUCGCAGAGUGUGGCCAGUACUACUACUCGUAUUGCACGAACAAGACAGUCGAGUUCUACUUCAAGCAAGACACCUGCACCGCGACGGUGGGAGGCAGCGACGCGUUCGAUUUGUGCAACCACAGCCCGAACCGAUUCCGAACCAUGGAAGAAUGCACGUGGCGUUGCAUCAACCGAACGACGCCUGAUCCCGCUUGCUAUAAAGCGACUGAAUUUGCUACUUGCACACAAGAACUUAUACGUUACCAGUGGUGGUACUACCACGAUGACCAAUGUCACAGAUGGGUGUUCGAGGAUGGAGCAUGUCCCCACAAACUUGGAAGACACCUCACGUACGAGACGCUCGAGGAGUGCAAAGGAAACUGCUCUGGUACCACCAAGACAUAUAUGUGCGUGAAACCAGGCGGUUCCAGCUGUAGCCCCGACCAGCUGAUCUUCCCGUACUUCGCACACAAGCGAGCCGACGGCAAUUUCACCUGUCUCACAGCUGAUCCAGAGACAUUGGACGAACGAAAUUGUCUCACCGGACCCAACAAGUUUGCCACGGGCGAAGCGUGCAUCCAGACUUGCGUUCGCCCUACAACGUUGCGCUAAAACCACUAAAUUAAAAAGAACGUAGACUUUUGUA